CACAGAAAAGCCAAACGGCCAGGUUUUUGCCAAGUGGAGCAUCACUUAUCCGUUACUCUGCUUUUUCUUCUUCUUCUUCUCUGGAAAAACUGUAAAAGCUCCGCUUUCUCUCUCUGUUUACACAGCCGAAUUUUGACCUGUUUGGCCGCCCAGAAAAUCUCUCGAGAUAAUGCAAGACAAAAUGGAUCGGAUGAGGGAAUGCUCUACCAAGGAAUCUUGCGAGUAUGUUGCAAGAGAGCUCGUCUCUGAUGAUAUACUUCCUCAUAUUCUCAACUUAUAUGGAUCUUGUGCAACACCUCGUGACUUUGAAAUCUACGCCCCAAAUGCUUCCUUUGAAGAUCCUCUCAUGUGUGCUCAAGGGGUAAAGCAGAUCAAAUCAGCAUUCUAUUCACUUUCCAGGGUCUUUAAGGAAUCCAGCAUUACUGAAUAUAGUGUCAAGGAAAAUGUAAUGGCACCUGGAAAGCAAGAGAUAUUAAUUGACAACAAACAGCAUUAUAUAUUCUUGGGAAGAAGCAUAAAUAUGGUAUCACUCAUCAAGCUGUAUGUUGAGGAUGGGAAAGUCAUUCGCCAUGAAGAUUGGUGGAACAAGAAGCCCAUUGGCAAUCGACACACAAGUAUGUUCCCAGUGGUUGGCCGUUUUAAAGAAAUUAUUCGCAGGGGAUUGAUGCUUGCAACACAUGCUAUGAUGGGAUUUGGGAAGGAUCCAAACGUAAAAUAGAAAGAUCUAUUAUGCGUGUUUUUUCUUACUUUGUUCGGGUGAUUUUCGUGUAUUUAUAUUAGUGUAUGUUUCUUGUUCGUUGAUGUUCCAAGCUGUGUAGGCUUUCAGAUGAACUAAGGUUUCAAACUAUUCUUCUGCUCGAUAUUAGAAAUGAUUAGCAUUUGGGGGUUGCAUUAUGAUCACUAUAAGUUGAUUGAACACAUAUAUCAUACUAAAACGAGUGAGUUUAAUAA